AUGACAAGCGACGACCAGUUCUUCUUGGACUAUCUCGCAUCUAUCCCUCAUGACGUAAGACGUUACUCGGCACAAGUAGCCGACUCCAUCGACCGACAAGUCGACUACGCCGCAACUGUUAUCCGGGAUAGGCUGUCAGAGCAGUCAUGGAUUCCAGAUUCAGUUCGCCCAGCGAUGCGCGCGCCUCGGAUGCGCUCUCAAGUUGGUUUGAUCGCACGCACUCAAGACUGGAUGUCACGGAAUCGCGCAUGGACUGCUGCGAUCCUGGCAUUUGUCGGGACAGGCUGUGCGAUGUACUAUGGGAAUAAAAGCCUGCAUGCGAAAAGGCGACGAGCCAGGAAGGCUGGGAAUGGGUCGCGCAAAGAAAUCGUUGUCGUGGCGGGAUCCCCUCAGGACCCCUUGACAAGGGCUAUUGCGUCAGACCUGGAACGCCGUGGGUAUAUCGUCUUCAUCACCGUGACUUCUGCAGAUGAAGAACGCAUUGUUCAGUCUGAAAACCGGACCGACAUCAAGGCCCUCUGGUUGGACUUGACGGCUAAACCAUCGACUCCCUCCGAGAUUCAUCCUUCCUUGUUUGAACUGCGCACGCUGAUCACCACACCUCAGUACCCUCACCCCGGAAUGCCCCCACAUACUUGCCAGCUGAGCGGUCUCAUCAUCGUACCCUCGCCAAACUAUGCUUCCGGCCCUGUCGCAACUAUUCUCCCCUCCUCCUGGGCUGACAUCGUCAAUGCCCGUCUCCUCUUUUCUAUCCUCACAACCCAAAUAUUCCUCCCUUUGUUCACCCUUCGCAACAACUCUAGUACCAUAAUAUUCGCGUACCCCUCGGUUUCAUCAUCUCUUGCCGCACCCUUCGCCGCGCCAGAGGUCACCGCUGUUCGGGCAAUUUCCGGAUUUGCGGAGUCUCUCCGACAAGAGCUCCGACUGCUAAAGUGCAAGAACGUAGACGUCGUCGAGCUUCGGAUCGGAAAUGUUGAUCUCGGACCAGGCUAUCGCAAUCUGCAAAGCCAGAUUACCGGAACCGAGAUUCUGGCUUGGAACGACCAGCAGAGAUCCCUCUACGGCCAAUCCUACUUAUCAAGUAUCGAACAGCGCCCGGUGGCAACCACGGGCCCUGCCACGAUCAAAGGAUCGCCAGCUCGGCAUCUGCACUACGCUGUGAUGGAUGCACUGGAGCCUGCAUCGCGCAAUUUCCUUGGAUGCAAGCGAUCCAAAAAGACCGUAAUGUUCGUUGGCCGGGGUGCUCGGUCUUAUAGUGUGAUAGGUGCUUGGGUUCCGAGUGGUCUGGUUGCCUUGAUGAUGGGUUACCGCAGUGGACAUGCGGCAGGCGACGAUAGCCCCAGUGAGAGCGAGACGAGCUGGGAACGUGUCUAA